GCUAGAUGUAUGGUUCUUGUCAUAGAAUAAAAAAAACUGAUGGCACUAUUUUGAAAUAUCGCAAGCUGCUAAACAAAUCAAUAAAAUGAAAAUGUACUGCGAUAGUUAAUGUUUGUGUUUAGAACGGAUAAAAGGAUAAUUUAAUGAUAUAAACCACCUGAAAAUCACGUAAAUAUACCUUUAAUUUAAAAAUGGGCUCAACCCAAAAAGAUACAUCUAUUGAGAAAAACCCAAAUAACGAAGCAGUACAAGUAAUAGUUAGAUGUAGGCCCUUAAGCGUAAAGGAAUUUGAAUCACAAUGCACGGAUGUAGUGAAAAUUUACUCCACAAGGGGUGUAAUAGAGGUGGAAAACCCCAAAGCAAGAAGUGAAAAUGAAAAGAAUAAAAUAUUUACUUAUGAUGCUGUCUAUGAUGAAUUAUCUAACCAGCAAAGCAUUUACGAUGAAACAGUGAGGCCUUUAGUAGCAUCAGUAUUAGAAGGGUACAAUGGUUGCGUAUUUGCGUACGGUCAAACCGGAACCGGUAAGACCUUUACUAUGGAAGGUGGAGAUGGCGCUGACAUGGGUAUCAUACCCAGGGCGUUCGAGCAAAUCUGGUCACAUAUUGACAGAAAAACCGGCGUGGAAUUCUUGGUCAGCGUGCGAUAUUUAGAAAUAUAUCUAGAAGAAAUAAGGGAUUUACUAAAAAUAAAAAGUACAAAAACGCACGAACUGCGCGAGUUAAACGGCCAGGGCGUCACUGUAACCAACCUCCAUUCACAAACAUGCCAAAGCGCGGAGGACAUGCUGAAGGCGAUGGUGUUAGGCAACACGAAUCGCACGACGGGCGCGACGAACAUGAACGAGCACAGCUCGCGAUCGCACGCCAUCUUUCAAAUAGUCAUCGAGAUGGCGGAGGGCGACUCGAAGUCGGUGAAGUGCGGAAAGUUGAAUCUCGUCGAUCUGGCCGGUAGCGAGAGGCAAUCCAAGACGGGCGCUACCGGAGACAGAUUGCGCGAGGCCACCAAGAUUAAUAAGGCUCUCUCUUCCUUAGGAAAUGUGAUAUACGCUCUGGCGGAAAACUCCGCUCACAUACCUUACCGCGACUCCAAACUUACAAGACUGCUGCAAGACUCCCUCGGCGGCAACAGCAAGACAAUAAUGAUAGCCAACAUUGGACCGGCCAGCAUGAACUACGAUGAAACCAUUAUUACCCUGAGGUACGCGUACCGCGCCAAGUCCAUCAAGAACAAACCCAUCAAGAACGAAGACAUCAAAGACGGAAAACUGCUCGAGUUACAGACGGAAAUCGAAAGACUGAAACAGAUGAUAAUGGAAAAGAGCAACGGAAAGAUGGUCAACAUCGACGAUGACGAUGACGCGGAUGAGGAUAGCGAGAGCGAGGACGAUAGCAAAAAGGAGGAGAAGGAGAAACAGUUGGAGGUUGGGAAGAUGGAGGUGGACGAGCUUGGUAGGAAAUUGAAGACUUUGGAGAAGCAAAUGGUGCACGGCGGGAAAAAUAUCGUCGAUAGCGUGAACGAGAAUGAGAUGAGACUGGAACAGCAGAGGGUGGAAAUAGCAGCUAGAAAAAAAAGAGAGAUCGAAAUGCAACAAAAAAUCGAAUUGGAAGAAGAAACGUGCACCGAAUUAAAACAAGUUUUCGCCAGUCUUCAGCAGCAAGUCGAUUUUAAGCGCGACAAAUUGAAAAGAUUAAACAACAAGUUGCAGUCCGUUCGGCAGGAGAUCAAAGACAACCAUGAAGUGUACAUGAACGAUCGGCAAGAAAUUGAAGAGGCCAACGACGAGGCAGCCAUGCACUUGCGACAGUGGUUUCUAGUCAUAGACAACUUUGUUCCUUCAGAGGAAAGAUCUCGUUUGAUAGGCUUGUCUCAGUUCGACGAUAACAAAGACAACUGGGUACUGAAAAAAGACAAGGUUACGGUGGAUCCGAGUUUAAGACCGCUUGCUCACAAUUAUAGGAGACCAAUAUCUGACUAUGCUGUGACGUUAAGUCAGAACUCAUCAAAAUAUAGAGGUGAAAAUGUUCUGGAUCUAAAACUGGACAUGCCGUUGAGGACUACCCAAGAUUUUGCCGCUCCGGCGAUUUGUCCGCAAAUUAAAGCUGUAGUGGCGGACACAAUAAAAGAUGAGAUGCAAAAAAGUCACAUUUUAGUAAAAAUACCGGUACAUUCCGUCAGCAGAAAUUCGUCCAAAGUGGAGCAGGAGGGUAAAUACAAGCAGGCCACCAAAACUGUUGUCGAAAUGCACAAUUAUCGGAACCGUCAAGCUUCUAAGUCAGCAAAUGCUUUUUAAAUAUACGAAAAAAGUAUUGCGUUACCUAUUUAUACAAGAUAUAUUAUUGUUUGUUCAUUUUUUAGAUUAUCAAUUUUUAUAAUUAUUUAUUAUACAUAUUUGAAGCUUAUUAUGGUAAAUCAAUUAUUUACAUCACAGCUUUUUAUGCGAGCUUUUUGAGAUUUAAUAAAAAUUAGGCUGGCAGCAAAUUGAUGAUAUUUACCAAGGAACUAUUAAAUUUAUAAACUCCAUUUAUUGGGGUCUUAAAUUUAAGUAUUAUUUUGUUGUAUUUUAACUGUUAAUAAGUAUUUGAUAUCUAGUCUAAACCACAUAAUAAAUUAUGCCCAACACUUAAAUUUAAUUUUCUUUAUAUUUGUUAAUUUAUUUGUUCCUUUUUGUUUUGUUACCAUUAAGUGUUAUGCAUAAGUUAUAAAUGUGUUAAUAUUGUCUCUGUGAUUAUAAGCACUUUUUAGGAAAAUAUUAAGAAAAGUUGUACUGAAAAUAAUCCACUUUUUUGUAUUA